UCUGACGUCACUGCUAACAAUGGCUGCUGAGGAAAUCUGCACCGAGGCUGAAAAAAACAUCCUAGGUUACAAAGAAGACGUCAGACUGCUGGGAAUCUACUGGAAACCGCAGAUUGAACUCCAAAGAAUCGAACUCCAAAAGCCACAUGUCUCCAAUGAGGAAGAAACUCUGACCGUCCAACAGCUCUGUAACCGGGAGAGGAGGUCCAGUUAUGACCAGGAGGAACUAGUACCUCCAUGGACUGAAGAGGAUCAGAUGGAACCAGAUAAACCAUCUCCUCCUUUUAAAGAACUGCUGGAACCAGAACCUCAGUGGAUUAAAGAGAAGGAGGAAGAGCUCCUGCUUAUUAAAGAAGAAAAUAUGGAACCCCAGGUUACCUGGGCUAAUGAGGAGCAGAAGGAGCCAGAGUUUCUACCCAUUAAACUGGAGGAACCAGGACCUCCAUGGAUUAAAGAGGAAGAACCCCCAGAGACCUCGCUUAUUAAAGAAGAAAAUGAAGAACCCCGUGUUUCCUGGGUUAUUGAGGAACAGAAAGAACCAGAGUUUCUACAGAUUAAAAAACAGGAGGAACCAGGACCUCCAUGGAUUAAAGGAGAAGAGAAAGAACAAUCACUGUUUAAGCUAAAGGAGGAACCAGAUUCUUUCCUGCCUAAACCUGAGCAAAGCAUAACCGAAUGUUCCCCACCUAGACUGGACCUACACUGCAGACAGGAAGACCAGCUGCUUCUUCAGAAGCAGUCCAUCACUUUUAUGGAGACUUUUACUCCUCAGGAAGAGGAUUUGAGUAAAAAUGAACCAAGAACUCAGCAGCAUUCCUUUCAUAUCCCUCCUAUAGCGGAGACAAAAGAUCAGGAAGAAAGUUGCUCGUCUUUGUCAGAGAGUCGCUGUCAAACCGACAAAAAGACUUUCAAAUGUGAUAUUUUUGGAAGAUCAUCUAAGACUAAAUAUAACAUGAAACAGCAUUACAGAACCCACACGGAUGAGACAUGUACUUCAUGCGAGAUGUGUGGGAAAAGUUUCUCUCAGAUUAGUCAUUUAAAUGCUCACAUUAAAACCCACACUGGUGAGAAACCUUUUUUAUGUAAAACAUGUGGAAAAAGUUUCUCUCGAAUAAGUAAUUUAAACGUUCAUAUCAAAACUCACACUGGUGAGAAACCUUUUUCAUGCAAGAGAUGUGGAAAAUGUUUUUCACGGAGAAGUAGUUUAAAUGUUCACAUCAGUACCCAUACUGGUGAGAAACCUUUUCCCUGUAAGACUUGUGGAAAAUGUUUCUCUCGAAAGAGUAACUUAAAUGUUCACAUCAGAAACCACACAGCUGAGAAACCUUUUCCAUGUAAGAUUUGUGGAAAAAGUUUCACCCGAAUGAGUCAUUUAAAUGUUCACAUCAGAAACCACACAGAUGAGAAACCUUUCCAAUGUCAGACAUGUGGAAAACGUUUCUCAUAUAUUAGUCAGCUUAAUAGCCACAUUAGAAUGCACACUGGUGAGAAACCGUUUAUCUGCAACACAUGUGGGAAACGUUUCUCUCAGAUUAGUCAUUUAAAUGUUCACAUCAGAAACCACACAGGUGAGAAACCUUUUACUUGUAAGAUAUGUGGAAAAAGUUUCACUCAGGUUAGGAUUUUAAAUAUUCACUUCAGGACCCACACAGGUGAGAAACCUUUUACAUGCAAGACAUGUGGACGAAGUUUCUCUCAGUUUGGUCAUUUAAAUAAUCACAUGAAAACCCACACUGGUGAGAAACGUUUUACUUGCAAAACAUGUGGAAAACAAUUCUCCCGAACUGACAAUUUAACGAAUCACAUCAGGACUCACACUGGGGAGAAACCUUUCACAUGCAAGACAUGUGGAAAAGGUUUCUUUCGGAUUGGUCGCCUAAAUGCUCACCUCAGAACACACACUGGUGAGAAACCUUUUCCAUGCCAGACACAUGGAAAAGGUUUCUCUAACUUAGUCAUUUAAAUGUUUGCGAUGUUCAAUGUGAAAAUUGUUUCUAUGUGAGACGUGGGAAGCUGAGUAAUUUAAAUAUUCACACAUGGCAUUAUGUAAAUAUGAAAUAAAGCUUCAUCGACACUGGCAUACUGAAAAGGUCCAGCCUUCUCCAGCC